UUACUGUACUUCAAGCCACUCAUACACUUAUUCAUAUCUGUGUAUUUUUCAUACACAAUUAAAUAAAAAAAAAAAUCUCAAAAAACAUAUUCACGUUUCGCUUUGAGUGUUUGUAUGUGUACAUGUAAAUGUACGAAUAACCCAUGUCAUAAUUCUUAAAUACACGAACUUGCAAGUAGCCAUUUUGAUUAACUGCUAGGUUAAGAAAUAGUUGUCAGUACUAUGGGUCGCAACUUUUCAAUUGUUGCUGAAGUUACAAUAACAAUCAUCUAAUAAUUGUUGACACUCAAGAUAUUUAUUGCGGUUAAACAAUAAUGAUAGCGAAAAUUGUUACUAUUAAAUAAAUAGUACUGAAUAUUUCAAAAGAACGAAACUAAUAACGAUAGUAAUUGUUAUAUCAAUAAAAAUUAAAGGAUGGAUGAAUCAAGUCUCCGGAAACUUACUUAUAAACAAUUGCAAUCUUUAGCUGCCAAGUAUAAUGUACCUGGUAAUAUUAAGAAAGAUAUAAUGGUCAAAGUGAUUCUUGCUGCUUACGACAACGACUACACCGAAGUUUGUCGCAUCUUAAGCGGAAUCCAGCAUACCCGCAAAAAGCGCUUCAAACAUCUGAAAGCUUUCAAUGAAAACUCGAUGGAGAUUAGCACUCACCUCGCUAACCCAAAUCAAACUCGAGCAAUGCAAGCAUCCCCUAUUUCUUGGGCAAGUAAAAUCGAGCUGUCAUCUGUAAAAACUCCAGUGCACCAUUACCUGAUUCAGCACUAUCAGAACACUUUCUUGAACACUUUUCCCCCUCCAGCACCUUCUCCAUCACUCAUACUCCCCCCUUCUUCAUUGUCUGCCCUCCUCCCAUUGCCCCCUCCCAUAAACUCACUAACGCCACCUAUGCCCGACUCAUGGCUGCCACAAGCGCCUAUGGUGGAUCUGCGCAUUGACCAAUCUCAGGAGCUUCUUCCGCUGGAUCUUCAACACAAGACGGUAUUAAUAACACAUACCCAGACUUCGCAAUAUCCUGCCACGAACCAAGAGCGUUCCGUGCUUAAGCAACUGCUUCAACCAAUCAAGAAUAUCAACAACAAAGAAGUUUACGACUCUGACACCAUGACCGCUGUAACCGAUAGUAAUGACGAUAUUUCUUCCGACGACAACUUGUACCCUAACUCUUGCGAACCCCCUCCGUAUACUUCUCCCGUUUAUCCUUAUCCUCAAACGGUUCCCGACUCCUCAAAUCCAGUCCAGACGCAGUUAAUAUCAACCGAUUUCUGGAACUACCAAUCAAGUGCACAUCAAAUAGAGUCGGGGUUGGAAAUCACCACUUAUGACUCUGCUAAGGAUAAUUUCAGCAAUUACGAAUGCAUUUAUCCGCAAAAUGGCUACGAUGAAGGUAAUAACUACGGCUCGCAGCAGGAAAGAAGCCUUCUGACGUACCAAGACAACGAAAACAGGCUGGAUAACAAUAACUACGACUACGUUAAUUAUGUUAACACUGCUAAUGAUUACAGCUUCAACGAAAGCAACGAAAACAUUCAUUCGAAUAACUAUUCGGAAAUGAAUAUCAGCGAUGACAUCAACUACAACGGGCACUACAAGACUAAGGACCGCUUGAUUAACAAUGCUAAUAUCAACGAGCCGCUGAAAGAUUUGAUGACUUGCUCCAACAAAUGGUCAUGCAGUAAACCUAUGCAGAAAAGCGCUUCAGCAGCAUCUUUUGGGUCCGUCGAGGGGCUGAGAGCGGAAGGUAGUGGCAUCAACGGCCAGUUGGAGAGUAUACUUAACAUUCGCGAUAUCGGUGAUAUUAAUAAGGUCAAUGAGAAAAUCGGACAAACUUCUAGUGUAUAUUGCUACGCAGAGCCAGUUACUUCUUCUGGUCGACAGAAGUCGGACAAGAAAAGGAACUUCAAGUUGAUCGCAGAAACUAGGAACCAUUUGUUUGGGAUUAAGUAUAAACUUUAUGAUGAUUCAACCACUGGUAGGGCUAUGAGCCAACUUGAUUAACUAUUAGUACGCUUAUUUUGUUAUGAAUGCUAGAGUCUAAGACUUGAAGCAUUCGGAGUUUUCAUGGUGCAUUGAUGCGGGUUGUCUUGUACUGAAGUAGCAUUAAGGUUAAAUGCAGGUUUUUUUUUGAGGUUAUUUUUUUAAUUACGCAACUUUUCAAAAUUCUUAAAGUAUAUAUUUUUUAAUUUGGUAUUUCUUUUGUAGACAUUAAGUUAGAAAAACAUGGAGUCAACAUUUUGUAAUACAUUUUCAUAAAUAAAGUAAAGAUUAUGAGA